AUGUCUGAGGCUCACUUGGAAGAUUUCCCCUCCCUCUUCUCCCUGAAGGGCAAGGUUGCCGUCGUCACCGGCGGCUCGCGAGGUCUCGGCCUCCACGCCGCAUCAGCCUUCCUCCAGGCCGGCGCCUCCAAGGUCUUCAUCUCCUCCCGCAAGGCUUCCGCCUGUGAGGCCGCCGUCAAGGCCCUCAACGCCUUGCCCAACCUCGCGCCUGGCGCCAAGGCCAUCUCGGUCCCUGCCGACUCAGCUACCGUCAAGGGCGUCGAGGCGCUCCUCGCGCAGGUGAAGCAGCACACCGACCGCGUGGACAUUCUGUUCGCCAACGCGGGUGCCACUUGGGGCGAGGCUUUCGACACGCACCCCGACGAGGCGUUUGCCAAGGUCAUGGACCUCAAUGUCAAGGCCGUCUUCAACACGGUGCGCCUGUUCACGCCGCUGAUGCAGAAGCACGCGACCCUCAAGGACCCCAACCGCGUCAUCAUCACGGCCUCAGUCGCCGGGCUGGGCGUCGGCACUCUCGGCGCGCAAGGCACGUACGGCUACUCGGCCAGCAAGGCGGCGGCCAUCCACCUGGGCCGCAACCUGGCCCUCGAGCUGGGUCCGCGACACAUCACCGUCAACUCCAUCUGCCCCGGCUUCUUCCCGAGCAAGAUGUCCAACGGACUUCUGGAGAUUGCUGGUGGCGCCGACCAGAUCGCCCAGAGCAACCCCAUGGGCCGCCUGGGUCAGCCCGAGGACAUUGCCGGUGUCGUCGUGUACCUGGCGAGCCGCGCCGGAUCCCAUGUCAAUGGAGAGGCCAUUGCUAUCGAUGGAGGAGCCAUGUGGUCCAAGGGGGAGCUCGCGAUGGCUGGGGGAUCGAAGUUGUAG